GCUGCACAGAACUUCGAUCAAAACACAGACAUUCGCGGGCAGUCGAAAAGAAGCAUGAAUUUCUGCCUUGUUGGGUAUUGAUAUGGCAGAUCCUUUUUCAGUCGAUUCAAGUGAAGUCCAGCCCUCAGUUACGAAUGGGGAAAGCCCAGCUGAAGGAGAGAAAGAGUCCGUUACAGAAGACGCGUCCGUAAGCAUACCGCGAAAAUCAAGCGUUCUCAAAAAAGAUGGGAGACCCUCGAAGCGAUCCCUCCAAAAGUCUGUGUCGUUUAUCGCUCGUCCGGAGGAUAAACGAAUCAUAAACGCCGGGGAUUGUUUGACCUUCAUGCAGAAUGGUUCAGAGUUGAUGAAAAUUCGCUCAAAUUCAAGACAAUACCAGAGAUUCUUCUUUCUAGAGGAAGACUUAACGGGUUUACGCUGGCGGCCGUCUUCCAAGAAGCCUGAAAAAGCGAGGAUCUCUAUUGACACUGUUAAAGAAAUCCGCUGUGGAAAAAAUACGGAUGUAUUCCGUGAAAUGGACAGGGAUGAUUUCCAAGAGGACUGUGCAUUCUCAAUUAUUUACAGUGACAAUUUUGAGACGCUGAAUCUUGUUGCGUACUCUCCAGAUGAGGCUAACAUUUGGGUUACUGGUCUAAGGUGUCUUCUGGACUCUGACAAAGCCAGCAGCCCUGUGGAAAACAGACAACAAAUGCGUGACAGAUGGCUAAAGGAGCAGUUUGUUAUGGCAGACAGUGGGGGAAAAGGAAGGCUUAAUGAGAAAGAGGUUCUUUCUGUGGUCAGACAGUUGAAUGAACAAAUUCCUGAAAGUGUAAUAAAACAAAGAUUUAAGGAAGCUGUUGCUACUAGUUCAAAUUCUCAAAAGAAUAGUUUAUCAAGGGAGGAGUUCCUUUCAUUUUACAAGGAACUUACUACAAGACCUGAGGUUUAUUUUCUUAUGGCAAGGUAUACAAGCAAUGGUGACUAUCUAACAACAGAUGAUCUACUGCUCUUCCUGGAAGCUGAACAAGGGCUCUCCAGAGUGGGAAAAGAACACUGUUUAGAUAUCAUUAGAAGAUGCGAGCCAACGGAUGAAGGAAGAAGGUCAAAAUGUUUAGGAAUAGAUGGAUUCACACAGUAUUUAUUAGAAGAUUGUCAUAUUUUUGACACCGAUCGUGCUGUAAUCUGUCAAGACAUGACCCAUCCACUCUCUCAUUACUUUAUUGCAUCUUCUCAUAACACGUAUUUGCAAGAAAAUCAACUCAGUGGACCGUCCAGUGUAGAAGCUUAUAUUGACGCAUUAAAAAAGGGCUGUAAAUGUGUAGAAUUGGACUGUUGGGAUGGGAGCGGUGAUGAUCCGGUCAUUUAGCAUGGCCACACACUUACGUCAAAAAUUCUCUUCCGUGAUGUCUUAGAAGCCAUAAACGAAAACGCAUUCACAAGAUCUCCGUAUCCACUUGUAUUAUCGAUAGAAAAUCAUUGUAGUGUGAAACAACAACAAAUUAUGGCAAAGUAUUUGCAAGAGAUUUUACAAGAUAAACUUUAUAGAAUUCAACCAGGAGAAAAUGAAUCUUACUUACCAUCUCCCGAGGCACUUAGAGAAAAAAUCCUUAUCAAGAACAAGAAGCUUCCGGCAGAUGUGAUGACCGACUCUGGUGAGGUCAGUGACGAAGGCGAAGACCAAGAUGAAAAUGUUGAAAUCAAUGGUGAAUGUAAGUUGGACAGACAAAAUAGCAAAACAGGAAGCAUAAAAAGACAGAUAGUCAAGGAUCCCAAUCAAAAAACAAAGAGGACGACAAAGCUGGCCCGAGAGUUAUCUGACUUGGUUACCUGCUGCAAAUCUGUCGCUUUCCAAGACUUUCAGUAUUCCUCUGAAAAUCAAAAGUUCUGGGAGAUGUGCUCUUUUAGUGAAAAUGUAGCCAGACGGUUAGCGCAGACAUUUCCAGAAGAGUUUGUAAAUUAUAACAAGUCGUUUUUGAGCAGAAUUUACCCUGCUGGAAAGAGAGUGGACUCGAGUAAUUACAAUCCUCAAGAGAUGUGGGACUGUGGUUGCCAAAUUGUGGCGUUGAAUUACCAGACGCCAGGGCUUAUGAUGGACCUUAACCAAGGGAAAUUUUUGGAGAACGGCAGCUGCGGAUAUGUCCUGAAACCUGCUGUUAUGAGAGAAGAAAUAGCAUAUUUCAAUCCAAGUACAAAAGACGUUAUUCCCGGCGUUUCACCUCAGAUAUUACAAAUUAAGGUAAUUAGCGGACAGCAGUUUCCCAAACCAAAAGGUUCGACAGCCAAGGGUGAUGUGAUCGACCCUUUUGUCACAAUUGAAGUGUUUGGUAUUCCCGCUGACAUUGCACAGGAGAGAACGCGGACUGUUCCUCACAAUGGUUUUAAUCCCGUAUUCGACGAAACCUUCGAAUUCCACAUCAAUCUACCUGAUCUGGCCUUGGUACGGUUUGUGGUUCAAGAUGAUGAUUUCAUUGGUGAUGGAUUUAUCGGCCAGUACACCAUACCUCUAAAUUGCAUCCAACCAGGCUUCCGACACGUGCGGCUUCUUUCAUCACAAGGAGAAGAACUGGAAUCAGCCACCCUGUUUGUUCACGUGACCAUCACAAACCUCAACGACGCUGUGGCACAGAAACCAAGGAAAGCGUCUUUAAGAAAAUCGAAGAAAGCGAGGGAGUAUACAAGUAUGAAGUCCAUCGGGGUAAAAGCCGUGGAUGAUACGUUUAAGUUAGCAAUUCAGCCCCUUAGAGACGGCACGGAUCUCAGAGAAAAUGUUCAGACAGCGCUCGGAAACUUCAGGGAAAUCUGUGGCGUGGCGCCCCGCUCAAAUCUUAAACAGUGCUUAAGGUUGUUGGCUUCCAGACUUGAGGGGAAUUCGGAAUCUAUUGAGCUCAAACUGGUUAUGAAGGAUGAGUAUCCUUACUUCGAAGCUCAGGGGAGCUUGCCAGAGAUGUUGAAGAAGGCUCUGACAGCUAUAGAACAGGUCGUUCAAGACUCCAAAACGUUAAUCGAAUCUUGUGACUCCGUUCACGAAAGAAUUAUUCAAUGCGAGAGAGCGGGCCUGGAGUGGCACGAAGAGCUUCAUAAUGCCUGUGUAAAAGAGGGAAUAAAAGGGAAGCGAUUGACAAAGGCGGUAGAAAGCUACUCGUGGAAUAUCCGGGUCUUAAAGGGCCAGGCAGAUUUACUUCUCAACGCAAAGAGUGAGUGCCAGGAAUAUCUCCGACAGAUUCAGGAGGCGACUCUAUCAACUGGUCUUGUCAAAUCCGUUGGCUGUGACCUCUAACUGAAUACUUCAAUUACUCGUCACAUUUCUCCUCACUAAAUACGUACUAGCAUUGUAAAUACGAAAGCAAACAGUGUACUUAUGAACAUAAUGGAGUGGUUUUUCCUUCAGAUGUGAACUUGUUUUUCAUCCUGACUAGAUUUUUUUCACGUACUACUAAUCACAGAGGUUUCUUUCAUUUUUUUUCCCUCUCAAAUAUGUUUUUUAAGUGUCAUGCUUAGUCUUUAUAGUUUCAAUAUAAAUACUGUCAGAAAUAUGUUUUCCCCAUAUUCUUACGUUAGCCACUAUGUACACAAUCGCAGUCUGUAUUUUUAAUUUUUCCGUGUUUUCCAUGGAUUCAAGAGAAUACGAAUGAUUUCCGGAAAGCGCCGAUAAUUUUCCAGCAUUAAUCGAAGUUCACGCAUUUCUCAGAGAAGAUGGAAAUUGAAAUACAACAAUGUUUCAUUACGAAGAUGGAGGAAGCGAUUUUAAGUAGAAAAUCGUAAUAUAAAUUCAAGAGGAAUAUUUAAUUAAGGCAAUGCAGAAAAUAACGAUUUUUUAGAUAACACGUGGAAGUAAAAGUGGUUGGAAUGAUAACCUAGCCCUUGAAUUAGUUUUAGUUCUGUCUGGCAUUAAGUCACAGUAAUAGAUUUUUUUUUCCAUGGUAGAUCUCGCGUCAUAGUUUACCACGUGAUAUGUUUUAACCAAUUGUAUUUCGUGACAUGGUGUUGCCUAUCGUGAUAGUUACAUUUUCUAAUUAUUGGUGUUUUCGGAUUUAUUACUUCUUGAUGUUGAAUUUUGGUUCGUAGGUAGGAAUCAUUCCGCGAGCCUUUGCAGAUUUCUUGGAAAAAGUAUUUUUUUAGCUUAACAUUUUUUGAGUGUGGGAAUAGUAGAGUGAAACGGGACAUCUGUUACGAUCCUAUAUUGAAAAAAAUAAUAUAAAAUUUAUACUGUUGAGAUCAUCAUUAUUAUUAGUAACAUUGUUAUUAGUAGUAUCGUCAUUAUCUCUCAUCUAGAUUGCGUAGCAGGUUAUCUCCUUUUCCAGGUUCCCCCACGCUCCAGGGGAGCUGGAAUCUGGAAACGAGACUGCGCCGUAGGCAAUCAGUGUCGAUACGAGUAACAUGCACGCGAAAGAUCAGACUUAAAUCGGGCGCGUGCAAAUUUGUUUCUUUUUCCUUUGAAAUUUAAAGGUCUUCUAAUACACGAGACUUUUCAUGGCUCAUUUUUACGAAUUUGUUUUAAUUAACUAAAAAAGUGUUCGUAAUUGGAGGCAUUUGGGUGAAACACUGCAUCUAAACAAAGAAGUCCUCUUUAGCAGAUUCGUUCACUGCCGUGUCUUAAAGUACGUCCUCGUUAUGGUUCAUGUCUUUAUUUAUUUGACACGGUGUACAUAUCCGAGAUGAGUGAAGCAUAUUUGUAAGUAGUUUAAGCUAUGAUAAAGCUUACUCGAGGUGGUCAGAUCGACUUGAAAUAAAAUUUUCAUUUAUCUAGAAUGACCCUUGUUAAGUUACUUAUUACACCACAAGUGUGUGUUAGAGAAUCUGGAAUAAAAGUCGUGUUAAGAAAA